CGGGAAGUCAGACGAGCCAGCACCCAGUCUCCCCAACAGCCUCAGUGUGCAUCUGACUCGUAGUGAUGUAUGGUGUAGUGUGACUCCUGUGAGAAUAUCUAUCGCAAAUCUAUAUUUCCAAAAUGGUGCUAGGGAGGAUGCUGGUCGUGAUCUUGGCGACGGCUGUCAUGAACGGCUUCUGUCUUGCUACGUCUGACGGCACAGGCUGUCCCGUGGGCUUCCGGGGGAAGUGCCACUGCGGCCUGGCUUAUUCGAUCUACGACAACUAUAAGAACAAAAGAUACACCGUCAACUGCACAAACACGGGAUUCUCGACGACGGACAUGCUUCAUGAAUUGCCGGAAGAUACGGAGGUGCUCAUCUUCACCGGGAAUUAUGUGCCGGAGCUGCCUGCCAAUGUCCUGGACAACUUGAAGGAUUACAGUGACCUGGACGUCAUCGAUAUGUCGAAUAACAACAUACGAUUCAUUCAAGGAAAGACGUUCCAUAAGGUGUAUACCGUGAAAACUUUGGUCCUGGACCAUAAUGACCUUGAGAUCACUGACGAAAAAGAGCGUCCCAGGAUUUUUAGCAACUUUGAGGGAUUAGAACGUCUGCACCUCACCAACGCCUUUACGGAGAGGAUUAACGCUUCUGAUUAUCUUCUGAGCUUAGAGGACAUUUUCUACGAGAGCAAAUUAGAAGAGCUGAAAGUUAUUCACCUAGAACAAAACGAGAUCUGGUCUAUUAGGGUAAACCAAAAGGUGUUCUGUCAGGUUCCCAGAUUAGAGCAGAUCUUCCUUGGAGACAACAGACUGAUGGAUUUUGACUUCAGGAUAGAUUGUCUUCCUGAGUUGCGAUAUAUUGAUUUAGAGAGAAACAUGAUUUUCAGACUUACUGAUGAGGCAAUGACAAGACUAGAUGCCUUUUCUAAUAAAAAAGGAAGUGUACUGGAGAUAAAUAUGAAAGAAAAUCCCUUUGCAUGUGACUGCCGCUCCGAGGCCUUCAUUCAUUGGCUAAACUUAACGAAAAUACACGUGACGAAUAGCUCAAACUAUACAUGCUUUGAUGGGUAUCCAAGAACAAAUAUCGAGAAGAGACUUCAGGAGGUGCAGCAGUUGACUUGUCCUUCGUUCAAGAGCAAAACUAGUAUCAGCGACGACAUCUUCACGGAACGCGAGCUUGAAGAUUUCCACAACACCCAUUAUGGAGAUCACCACAUCACUGGCUACUCAUCAGCAACUAUUGGCGCUCUGUCAUUCUUGCUGGUUUUUACGUCAUCUCUGUUGCUAGCCGUAGCUUACUUCCAUCGUCAGAAUUUAAAGUACUUGGCUACACCUAUCUGGACAUUCAUAACCAGAUACGUUGGCUAUACAGGGAUUGCCGACGAGGAAACUCCGAGGGAAGUGAAUGUCUAGUUAUAAGCUAUAGCAGAGGCAUGUGUAGUAGUAUAGUGUGUCUAUAACAGAGCGCCACUUAGAAUAUACGUUGUCUUUUGUUAGGAUAGUUUUCAACACGUUAAUUUUCGCAGUCGAUAACUAUGCAGUGUGAAAAGAGUGGUGUGCUCUUGCGAAUCGUUAAUGUGUGUAUUUUUUACAGAUAGAUGUUUAUUUUAUAGAGGUUGUUGUAACUUGACGAGUUGUAUUAACAGUAACAACACAGAAACUAGAUGUAAAUUGAGUGAAUAGUUGGUUGUUAUUUAAUAAUUUGAUCUUAUUUUAUGAAGGUUUCGCAAUCAUUCCUUGUGACGGAGCAGGUAAUUAUGUGAAUUUCGACUAACAGUAGUCUUUGUAAAUCAUUAUUCUGAAUGAUUAUGAACUGUUAUAUUUGUGAUGAUGCUUUUAAAGAUUUAUUUUUAAGGACACUGUUUGUUAUUUCAUCGUGUUAUUAUGAAAGAAUGUUAUCUAGCAGUUAUAUUUAGUUAUAUUUGUACAUAUAAAAUAUAUUUUGUCUUUCUUCUUAUUAUGAUUUUAAGGAUAACAGAUGGGUUACUAACAUUCCAGUAAUGUAUGCAAAGACAUACAUAUGUUCGGUAUCCCCGAAACAGGAUGCUCGUGUCUAUGUAUUUUAGUCCUACUCAAAAUUAAUUUGAAUGACUUCUCUACAUAAUUUGAACUUGUUAAUAAAUACAUUAGUGCCAUAAUUAUGAGCUUUUAUAGCAGAGACUUGGGGAGUAGGAACUAGUGUUUGCAUUUAUGCAUGUAUGUGUAAUAUAUAUAUAUAUAUAUAUAUAUAUAUAUAUAUAUAAUAUAUAUAUAUAUAUAUAUAUAUAUAUAUAUAUAUUUAUAUAAAUGUGUGUGUGUGUGUGUGUGUGUGUGUGUGUGUGUGUGUGUGUGUGUGUGUGUGUGUGUGUGUGUGUGUGUGUGUGUGUGUGUGUGUGUGUGUGUGUGUGUGUGUGUGUGUAAUAUAUAUAUGUAUAUAUAUAUGAUAUAUAUACAUAUAUAUAUAUAUAUAUAUAUAUAUAUAUAUAUAUAUAUAUGUAUAUAUGUAUAUAUAUAUAUAUAUAUAUAUAUAUAUAUAUAUAUAUAUAUAUAUAUAUAUAUAUAUAUAUAUGCAUAUGCAUAUGCAUAUACAUUUAUCAUUUAUGUAUUUAUGAACCUUCAGUGAAGGUUUUCGUGUUUAAUCCGAAUUUUAACAUUCCAGAAUUUAUUUAGGUUGCAUUUUUUGAGCCGCGUCCUCCAUAAAAGAUUAGACAAAAAAAAGAGAAAAAAAAUCCUCACCACUAACAUAUUCUUUCUUCAUCCUGAGCAAACGUAAUGUUGCGGUUUGCGGGUUUUUUCUCCAACCAUGAGGCAAGAAGCGUAGACAUGUCGCAUUAAAAUGAAACUUUAAAAAAGUGUAUUUCUAAUCUACCUUCCUUUAUCCGUUAUUAGUGAAGAAUAACCAGUAUUUUUUUUUACUGGUGCAAAAUUAGUAAUGAUAAUGACAAGCGGUAAUAAUGGUGAUGAUUAUGAUGGUAAUUUUAAUAAUGGUGACGACGAUGAUGAGCAAACAAUACUAUUACUAGUCGUAACGAUAAUGAUAAUUGUAGUUAUUAUUGCAACUGCUAUUUUUUGUAUGUUAUUAUUAUUGUAUAAUUUAUUUUUGUUAGUAUUAUGAUUAUUGUUAUUGUUGUUGAUGUUGUUGUUAUUAAUAUUAUUAUUAUUAUUAAUAUUAUUAUUAUAAUUAUCAUCAUUAUUUCCAUAAUGUUCAUUAUUAUUGCUAUUGUUAUCAUUGGUAUUGUUAUUAAUAUUAUUAUUAUUAUUAUUAUUAUUAUUAUGAUUAUCACAAUCACCAUUAUUUUUUUAUAUAUUUGUUAUUGUUAUAGUUAAUAUUAUUUUUCUCUUAUUUGUUAUUAUUAUUAUUAUUUAUUAUUUUUUAUUAUAAUCAUCAUCACCAUUAUUAUUAUCAUUAUUAUCAUCAUCACCAUUAUUAUCAUUAUUAUUUAUUUUAUUAUAUUAUUGUUCCCAUGAACAAUACUAUCAGCAGCAGCAGCAGUGUGGUGGUGGUGGUAGAGGCAGUAGUAGUGAUAGUGGUAGUAGUAUUAAUGGUAGUAGGAGCAGUAGUAGUGGUACUAUCAUUAGUAUUACUAUCAUUUUGAAUUAACUUUAAUUGAUAUCUAUUUUAAUGUCGAUGAAUUUGGCAAAUUAUUUUAUAUUUGAAAAGAUAAAAGUAUAGGUACAUAGUCCUUUCUCCAGUAUUAGAAAGAAAAAUAUAUUCGUACAUUUCGGUGAGUGGACAACUUCUUGUAAAUAUGAAUGACUUUUUUUAUUAAAUGUAGAGGGAUUUAAUCUCGACAAUUGUAUUUUUCUGCGGAAUUUUUAAAACAAAAGUGUAUCUGAAUAAAUGCGUUUUCAUGUUAGAGGAUACUAAUGUAUUUUUUAAGAACUUCACCCAAAUAAAGAAUCUUUACAUAUAAUUUC